GUUUUGCCUCCAGAGCGUGUGAACAUUCCAGUCCCAGUUCAGCUUCUAGCCCUGCUCCAACCUGCACAACUAAAGCAUGCUUUCCAGCUUCUAGAGCGGACCCCAUCAUUGCAGCUGCCGCUGCCGCCGCCACUGCCUAUAUUGCCUGCCUCCGCCGCUGCCUCAGCUGCUUUUUAAAUCCGUCUGCAACCCGGCUCUCUAGAUAUAGAGGACGACAUACGCCUUUUCCAAAAGUGUGUGUGGAAUCGACUUUCUGUCUGAACACUGCAUCCAAGGAGGUUCCGAGACCAAGGAGAUACAAUGUUCAGGAGAUUGUUUCAGCAAUGGAGCUUUGCGGUGUUUCUGCUGAGUUACUCAGUUCCCUCUUGUGGGAGAUCGGUGGAGGGGCUCAGCCGCCGACUCAAAAGAGCUGUAUCAGAGCACCAGUUCCUCCAUGACAAAGGGAAGGUUAUUCAAGAUUUACGACGAAGAAUCUUUCUUCAAAAUUUGAUUGAAGGCAUUAACACAGCUGAAAUCCGAGCUACCUUAGAGGUUUCUCCUAACCCCAAGCCUGCUACUAACACAAAGAACUACCCUGUCCGGUUUGGAAGUGAAGAUGAGGGGAAGUACCUAACUCAGGAGACCAACAAGGCACAGACAUAUAAAGAGCAGCCACUGAGGACAUCUAACAAGAAAAAGAAAGGCAAGCCAGGGAAACGCAAGGAACAGGAAAAGAAAAAACGGCGAACUCGAUCAGCUUGGUUAAACUCUGGAGUAGCUGGUAGUGGGGUUGAAGGGCUUCACCUAUCAGACAUCUCUGAGACUACGCUGGAUCUCAACUUACGGAGGCAUUGAAAUUUUCAGCUGAGGACUUCAGAAAACAUAUUGCAGUAUUCUGUAAUAGUGAACAUAUGGAAAGUAUUAAAAAUAUUUAUUGUCUGUAAAUACUGUAAAUGCGUUGGAAUAAAAUGGUUCCCCUCCCCCAUUGCUCAAUGAAAUGGCACAUUGGUCAUUGUGAAUUUUCUCUUUUCCCCCAGGCUAAGCCAAUUAUUAUCACGUUUUACCAUAAUUUAUUUUUUGAACAAUGUAUUUAUUUUGUAAAUGUAUCUUGGUGCUGCUGACUUUAUUUUUUGUAACAUAAUGCACUUUAGAUAUACAUAUCAAUUAUGUGGAUAACUGACACAAUUAAGUGUUGCUAUUUGUGGUUCAUUUUAAUGAAUGCCUAAGUACAAUUGUUCAAACUGAUUUUCCUCUGUGCAUGUAAAAAUAGCAGUAUUUCGAAUUUGU